CUUUGCAAGGUCAGCCUUUGCUCAAUUUUGCUUGGAGAGCAAAGCAAAACACAAAAGCUUGAAGCUUUCACAUUUGACGGCUGCAGAGGGAGAAAGAUAAACUCGAUUUCUUCUCUCCUUUUGGGUCAUCAGGGGAACACGAAGCAAGACGAAGGAAGUCAAACUCCACACCAUUUUCGAAGUGAUUUUGAGCAACUUGCGAAAAUGCGGAGGCUCAAAAAGUAUUGUUGUUGUAUAUUCUUGGUUUGGUGUGUUAAAGGAUGAUACUUUAUGGAGAAGCUUAAAGAAAAAUGGAAGGACUCAGUUUUUUUUUUUUUUUGUUUUGCUUCCGUUGAAUGAUACAAGACAAAGGGUGACUUGGGAUAAAUGAUGUACAGAGUUUCUUGGUUUCAUGUGAACUGUUAAGGGUCAGAGAGGUAGAGAUGUAUACAGCUUUAUGUGUGGGAGGAGAGAGCUACGUGUAUUUUGUUUUAACUUAUACCUUAAUUUCUACGUUGGUGGCUCCGUUUGCAUAUGGUGAGAGAUAUAUCAGACAAUGAUUCGUGCCAAGCAGAUUAGUAAUCUUUCCAGUACAGCGAGAUCCUUUUUCCUUGGUGGAACAAGAUCUGGUGCAGCUGAUGGGAACUCUUGUACAUCCGCCGACGAUGAAAGCUCCGUCUUGAGACGCCAGCAAAACAGAAAUGAAGCUGUACUGACUGGGAAAAGAGCUUCGACUUUAGCAGCUGGACUAGCGGGGAAUCUAUUACCAGUAGAGGCAAAGGCUGAACAUUUCCACCGACCAUCUCUUCUUCCCCAGCAUGCUUCUUCUCCUGUUUUGCCUGUGAAACCAGAUUCUGUAAAUCAUGUUUCCGUUGUCAUUGAAGAAGACGCGGUGGCACCUAUUGGUAUUGGAACUGUGAACUUCCUGUCGGAUAUAGCAAACUAUAAGAUCCCUUUAUCAGAUGGAGCUGAAGCCGUUGGUUUGUCUAAAAGCUGUAUGGCUGCUGACUCUUCUCGGCCUAUUACAAGUGUGAAGUCUUCAAAUGUGAAAGUCAUCAGAAGAGAGGAUCUCUCUAAAGACUACCCUAAGGAAGCUGAAAGAUCUGGCUUAAGGCAAGCUUCAAAUGAUGUGGCAGGGAAGCCUUAUGAACCUCAGGAUUUACAGACAACAACUAAUGUCUCUGGAAAGAGGAAAAGCAUGCCGCAAAGAGCCAACGUUGAUUCUGGUGGUUGUGACUUUAACAACGUGCAUUCUUCUGAUGACAGGAUCAUGAAAUUUCCAGCUGAAGGUUUCAGUAAACCCUCAAGGGAAAUGAUGAGAGUGACAACACCUAGGCAGCAGCAGCAUUGCAACUCUGGAUACGUUGUAGAGAAUGUUUCUAACAUAUUGCGGAGAUUCAAAUGGGGACCUGCUGCUGAAGAGGCCCUUCACAAUGUUGGCUUGAGGGUGGAUGCAUACCAAGCAAACCAAGUUCUCAAGCAGAUGGAUAAUUAUACUAAUGCGCUUGGUUUCUUCUAUUGGCUCAAAAGACAACCCGGGUUUAAGCAUGAUGGCCAUACUUACACCACAAUGGUAGGCAACCUCGGUCGUGCAAAGCAGUUCGGUGAGAUAAACAAGCUUCUCAAUGAGAUGGUUAGAGAUGGAUGUCAGCCAAAUACCGUUACAUAUAACCGUCUUAUCCACAGCUACGGCCGUGCGAAUUACCUCAGAGAAGCUAUGAAUGUUUUCAACCAAAUGCAAGAGGCUGGAUGUGAGCCUGACCGUGUAACUUACUGUACUCUUAUUGACAUCCAUGCUAAAGCUGGUUUUCUCGACAUUGCCAUGGACAUGUAUCAGAGAAUGCAAGCGGCGGGGCUCUCUCCUGAUACUUUCACUUACAGUGUGAUAAUAAACUGUCUUGGGAAGGCUGGGCAUUUACCUGCUGCACAUAGGCUCUUCUGUGAGAUGGUUGGUCAAGGCUGUACUCCUAACUUGGUGACGUUCAACAUCAUGAUAGCUUUGCACGCCAAGGCGAGGAACUAUCAGAGUGCGUUGAAGCUCUACCGAGACAUGAAAGGUGCCGGGUUUCAGCCUGAUAAAGUGACUUACAGUAUUGUCAUGGAGGUGCUUGGGCACUGUGGGUAUCUAGAGGAAGCAGAGGCUGUAUUCACCGAGAUGCAGCGUAAGAACUGGGUUCCUGAUGAGCCGGUUUACGGUCUUUUGGUGGACUUGUGGGGAAAAGCUGGCAAUGUGGACAAGGCUUGGCAGUGGUAUCAAGCAAUGCUUCACGCUGGUCUGAGACCUAAUGUUCCUACAUGCAAUUCCCUUCUCAGUACUUUCCUUAGGGUCCACAGGCUGUCUGAAGCCUAUAAUUUAUUGCAGAGCAUGCUUGCGCUUGGUCUACAGUCUUCUCUGCAGACAUACACCUUGCUCUUGAGCUGUUGCACAGAUGCUAGGUCAAAGUUUGACUUGGGAUUCUGCGGCCAGCUAAUGGCGGUCUCAGGCCAUCCGGCACACAUGUUUCUCCUCAAGAUGCCACCUGCAGGUACAGAUGGCCAAAACGUUCGUGAACAUGUCAGCAACUUCCUUGAUUACAUGCACAGCGAGGACAGAGAAAGUAAGAGAGGGCUCAUGGAUGCAGUAGUGGAUUUUCUGCACAAGUCGGGUCUAAAAGAAGAGGCAGGCUCGGUCUGGGAAGUGGCUGCGUUCAAGAACGUGUAUCCAGACGCGUUGAGGGAGAAAAGCUGUAGCUAUUGGCUUAUAAAUCUCCAUGUAAUGUCGGAAGGAACUGCAGUGACUGCACUGUCUAGGACACUUGCGUGGUUCCGUAAGCAGAUGUUGGUUUCAGGAGAAUGUCCUUCAAGGAUUGAUAUAGUAACUGGUUGGGGAAGAAGAAGCAGGGUAACAGGGACUUCAAUGGUGAGACAAGCAGUUGAGGAACUGCUCAACAUGUUCAACUUCCCGUUUUUCACUGAGAAUGGGAACUCAGGCUGUUUUGUUGGGUGCGGAGAGCCUCUCAAGAAAUGGUUGCUUGAAUCAUCUUAUGUUGAGAGGAUGCAUUUGCUCUGAGUUGUAGAUUAGUUGUUUUUGUUCUUCUUAUUUUAUAAAGCCUAUUCAGUUAUUAGACUUUGGCUAGUCUCAGUGGCUUGGUUUUUGUAUGUCAUAAGGUUCAAGGUUUAUGGUUAGUGAUGACUGGAGUUUUAUCUCCAGAAUUUUUUGUUAUCAUGUGGACAUUAUCUCCUCUUGCAAUGGGUUGUAAUGGGAGUAUAUAAAUCAAUCUUUCGGGGUGAUAAGACCCAUAUUUAUUAAAUAUUGGAAUGUUUUGCUGUA